AUGGAUAAAUCAACCACAAAGGUGCGUGUUGUGUUUGACGGCUCCGCCAAAGGACCAGAGGGGGUGUCACUAAAUGACACAUUGUUGAGUGGACCAGCACUGCAGCCCGACCCACUUGCCAUACUUUUGCGUUUCAGAAAACAUAAAGUAGCGCUUGUAGCAGAUAUAGAGAAAAUGUUUCUUCAAAUCGGCAUGCAAACUGGAGAUCAAGAUCUACAGAGAUUCUUAUGGCGUGACAUGGACACUAGUAAAAAACCUGAUGUUUACAGGCUGAAAACAGUAACAUUUGGUCUGAAAUCAUCUCCAUUUUCGAGUAUCAAAACUGUAGUGGACCAUGCACUCACACAGACAAAGGAAUACCCAAAGGCUACUGAGGAAAUAACAGAAAAUAUUUUCGUGGAUGAUGUACUGUCUGGAGAAGACAAUACCACAGCAGCAGCAAGCUUAGCAGUAGACAUGAAAACAGUCUUGAAAUCUGGAGGAUUCCCACUCAGGAAAUUUGUGUCCAACAAACCAGAAGCUUUGGCUGGAUUAGAGGAGUCAGAUCUUGCCUGUGGUAUAGUAGUCGUCACUGAGGAACAAUUUACUACAAAAACGUUGGGGAUCAAGUACAUUCCUAAAGAGGACGUACUAAUGUUUUCCUUUUGCGAGAGGAUGGAAAAUGUACCCUGUGAAACUCGUAGGACUGUUUUACAACAACUUCAUCGAAUUUACGACCCGAUGGGUUUGUUAGCACCGUUCACUUUGGUAGCCAAGCGCCUAUUCCAACAGUCCUGGAUGGAUCGUACUGACUGGGAUGAGAAGUUAUCUGAUGAACUUCAUCAGAACUGGGUACGUUGGAAGGAGCAAGUUUCUGAUCUGGAUCAGAUAAAGGUCCAGCGAUGUAUAGUUCCUGAGAGCUUCACUCAACCUAGAUUCACACUGCAUGGUUUCGGUGAUGCGUGUGUAGCAGCAUAUGGAGGAGUAGUUUACGUCAGGGUUGAGGACUUGCCAACAGGGAGAGUGCACACAGCUGUACUGUGCUCUAAAACUAGAGUGUCACCACUUGGAAAGAAGAGAAGCUUACCAGAGCUAGAGCUCAUGGCUGCGCUAAUCACAGCACGCUUGGUAAACUACGUUCAACGUGAAAUCAAGUUGGAAAUAGAGGAUGUACACUGCUGGACUGACUCACAAGUAGUACUUGCCUGGAUUAGCAAACCUGCCUACACUUGGCAGACGUUCGUUGCCAAUCGCGUGAGUGAGAUACAGAAUCUAGUACCACCUAGGAAGUGGAGUCAUUUGCCAGGGAAAAUUAACCCCGCUGAUCUAUGCUCGAGAGGAUGUUCUGCUGAAAGCUUAGUUAACUCGCAACUCUGGUGGGAAGGGCCAGACUUCCUAAGAAAAGAAGAAGAAAGUUGGCCAAAACAGCGAAUUGACACAGCUGAACUGGAAUUGGCUGAACAGAAGAAAAAACCCAAGACUUUCUCAGCACUGCAAGUCAAAGAGAAAACAACUGACCAAACCAAAAGUGAGCAGCUGAAACUAGUGGAGAAAUAUGAGAGUUACCACAAGUUUCUGAGAGUGAUGAAUAGAGUCCGAAGCUUAAAGUACCGAGUGAGGACAGGAGAUGGGCAACAUGUUCGAGAAGAAAAUGCAAUCUUGAAUCUCACUGAUCAAAGAGAAGAGGAGUUGUAUUGGUUACGUUGGGCUCAAGAACAAGCAUUUUCAGUGGAAAUUCAUGCAGUACAGAAUAAUCUUUCGAUUCCUGCAAAUAGCCGCUUGAAACAGCUUGAUCCGAUAUGGGAUGAGAAACUGAAGUUACUCCGUGUUGGGGGGAGACUACACAAAGCACUACUGCCAGAUGAGCUUAGAAACCCCAUCAUAUUGCCUAAUCACAAUAGAUUUGUGGAAAUGUUGAUAAUCCACUAUCACAUCAUCUUUGGACACACAGGAGUUGUUCAAACCUUGUCUAACUUGAGAAGCAAAUACUGGUUAGUAUGUGGCCGGCAGGAAGUUCGCAGAGUCCUACCAUGUAAGAAAUGUAGAAGUGCCAGAAUAUUAGAGCAGAAAAUGGCGCCGUUGCCAGAGGAAAGGGUUAAUGUAUCGCCACCAUUUACCAACAUUGGAGUGGACUAUGCUGGACCACUCUAUGUUAGAAAAGUACAUGUCAGUGGAAAACAUGGAGCUGGAAGCAACAAGGCUUACAUCCUCAUAUUCACAUGUAUGGCCACCAGGGCAGUGCAUUUAGAGCUGACAGCAAAUUUGACAACAGAGGAGUUCCUACAAGCAUUGAGACGCAUGAUGAAUCGGCGUGGAAAGUGUUGUACCAUCUACUCCGAUAAUGCAAAAACAUUUGAGAGUGCAGCUUCAUUGCUUUACCGUUUGUUCCACAACAAUGCGAGAAUCAAGGAUAAACUCAGACUGGAAGGAAUCGAGUGGAAGUUCAUAACUCCUAGGGCUCCAUGGCAUGGAGGAUUUUAUGAACGACUUGUUGGAAGUGUAAAACGAGCUCUCUCAAAGAUUCUCAGAAAGGCCAGCCUGACAUUUACCGAGCUUCAGACCGUGCUCACUGAUGCAGAAGCUCAAAUCAAUUCUCGACCCUUAUCGGAUAUCUCGGCUGACAAGGAGGAUCCUCUUCCAUUAACCCCUGGUCACUUGAUCAUAGGAAGAAAUCUGCAGUUGCUGCCAUCUGUAUACAAGCCAGAGUUGUCACUUGAAAGGAGAUGGGCCUAUCAACAGAGGAUAUCCAAACAGUUUUGGAAAAGGUGGACAAGUGAAUACCUUGUGGAAUUACAGCGCCGUUCAAAAUGGACAGAGAUACGAGAUAAUCUGCAAGAGGGAGACAUCGUUCUAGUGGCGGAGGACAACAUCAGAAAACUAGAUUGGGCACUAGGACGUGUGAUGGCCACACACCCAGGAAGAGACGGGUUGGUUAGGUCAGUCACAGUGAAAACCAAGAGAGGAUUGAUGAGAAGGCCUAUUCAGAAGUUGCGUUUGUUGGAACCCGCAGAAUAG